GUCUACCUACGUGUAAGGCUCAACAGUCAAUCUGUUUGCAAUCGAUCAUCUUGGCCUUCAAUGAUUAUUUCCUUUGCUUUAUCUAUAGUGAAGUAAAUGGGAAAGCUGUCCCUGGACCUUUCUUUGGGAGAGGAAAUGGGCCUGUUUGGCUCUCGGACGUACAUUGUGUAGGGCAUGAACCGGACAUUACAAACUGUUCCAUAUCCUGGUCUGGAGGAGUCAACUGUGACCACCGAAAUGAUGUUGGAGUGAUCUGCAAUUAUCCGUACCAGAAACGUUUGUCCGAUGGACGAUCCAAGUCUCAAGGCCGCGUGGAAUUUCUUGAGUCUGGAACAUGGUAUUCCUAUUGUGAUGACGGGUGGAAUACCAGUGAUGCUAAAGUUAUCUGUAGAGAAAUUGGAUACUGGAAUACAAACCCUGUCGUCAGCUACAAUUCGACCUACGGAAACGGUAGAUCUAAUUACGAUGUUCGACCCAGAUGUGAUGGUACUGAGGGUAGUUUCGAAACGUGUAGAAUGAAUAAAUUGUUUAAAAGUGCUACCUGCUCAGCUUCCUACAGUGUCGGUGUUGAAUGCCAGCCUGUGGCUGCCAACACUUCUAACAUUCGAGUUGUUGAUGGUCCUGGACCAUGGUGCGGUAGACUAGAAAUUAAGUCAACUGACGUAUGGGGAAGUGUGUGUUAUGAUUCCUGGGAUACCACAAAUUCACUAAGAGCAUGUGAAUCGAUGGGCUUUAAAUACUUGAGUUCAGACGCAUCAAGUUUUGAGACGGAACGCGGUCUAUCGCCCAUGCACAUUGAUUCGGUGCUUUGUAACCCAUCUGAUUUAAACUUUGGACUCUGCAAAGUUGACUUCAAUAUCAGUGACUGUGCACACCGAAAUUCAAAGGCUGUGGGACUUGACUGUUCAGGUGGUAUCAAUGUGACUCUAUCAAACACAUACACUGGUGAGGUAAUUUUCCAUACUAUGGAGAAUGGCACAUUGAAGCAGUGGUCAGUAUGUUAUGAUGCGGUAGACAGGAAUGCUGCCAAGACAAUUUGCUCAAUGAUAGGAUAUCAGAAUACAUCUCCAAAUAUGUCUGCAGUAUCCUCUAGCAAUCCUGAAUUAUUCACUAAUCUAACGUGUUUCGGUUGGGAGCCACAUGUGCUGCAAUGUCACACGCUACGCACGGGACCAUCGUGCGGUCAAAAAGCCGCAGUAAAUUGCUUUGACUGUGUGAGAACUUUCAGUACAAACAACGGCAGCGUUUUAUCACACGGUUAUCCGAACUAUCCCACAAAUACAGACUGUCUGCUAGUGAUCAAGAAAAUGUCAGACACACCAUUAAAGCUGGAUUUUCACGACCUAGAUCUUGCAGGGGACGGGGACUUUGUUGAGAUUAAGAAUGACAUAGGAAAACAGCUAGGAUAUUUUACCACAAGCGCUGCAGUUCCAUACUUGGUUUCCAAAGAUGGCUUUUAUAUACGAAUGAAGUCGAACAGUGCUGCUGACAAUGCGAGAGGAUUCAGUGUAUCAUGCAGCCCUCUAGUUAUAACUGACGCUGUUCACAUGGGAUGUGCAUCCAAGGGUUGGAAUGUCUCAGUAAAUGCGACCAUCCUCCGUCACCUAUACCCUGACACAGGGGUGUCACAGAUCAAACUCGCUGAACAGUUCUGUACCGGAGAGGUUUUUGGUGAUCUUGUUGUCUUCAGGCAAAGCUAUACCAAAUGUUCAACAACAUCUAAGACAAGCAACGAAACAUUGGUAUAUUACAAUCAACUGGUGUAUCCGGAGUCGAGAACACCUUUUCCUAUUAUCGUUCGUGGAUACAGAUGGAAGGUUGAUGUUCAGUGUGACGUAUCACGAAUAGAGGAGGUAUCCAACAACUUUCAGCCAAACCGUACAAUCAUACACGAAAACCAACAUGUCAGUUCGUCCUCGCACUACAAGUCUGAUGUUUCGUUCUUUACUGAUGGAACAUUCUACCAACAAAUACAGGGCAAUCCUAUAACAUUGAAAACAGGAAUUCUCCGAUGCCCAUACAAAACUAAUUUUAGUCAUGGACUAGAGUCUGGGCAGGGCAACUUUCACGAGCAAGCUUCCACCCAGUGGGAUUCUAACCUUAGAUCGUAUGUGACAAAUGAUUCAAGGCCGGCUGCGAAAAUCCCCUACAAGAAGUAA